UCAAUAAUGCCACCAGAAAUGUUGCAGACAUGCGUCUGCCAACUCAACCAGUCGCCAUGGGAUGUCAUCUCCGAAACAUCUUCUUUCUCUCUCACUGACCUGUCGGAAGAUGAAGAAGAUACCGUCUCAGACUCUGAAAUAUUCUUCGAUGAAACCGAUGAUAUUGAAGGGAGUGCCACUUCAUUGAUGGAGACACAAGAGAAGUUUGUGCCAGACGAGGAAGAAGAUAACGAGAACAAUCAAUCAAUAAUCAAUAUUGAAGAAGUGGAAAUCUAUAACAAAAGAGAUCAAACCAAUGGCGGCAGCAAUGAGCUUGAACAUUCGCACGAAGCAAGACAAAAUGGUUUAAUCAUCAAAAACUCUGAAUUAGCAGCGACAAAAUUUGUGACUAAAGCAGACGGCUGGGGCCAUCCUCGGCUAAUCAAUACCGUCGGCGCUGCCUCAAAAUGUACCGAAUUUUACUAUUAUUCAGGGUUUGGGCCGUUUCGGGGCAAGAAGAGAGAUGAAGCAAUCAAGGAUAUAACAAGUUGUAGUCAAAAUACGUCUUCUUUUUCAGAAAUCGAAUGUUUAAAAGUGGUCUACCAACGUGACGGCGAUGAUCAUGAGAAUGGUUUUCGUAAAUUAGAAGUUAUAAAUGUUGAGAAAAAAGAGAAGGCUGAGGAGAAGAGAAUUGUCCGCAGACGAGUAGCUUAAUAAGUUAAAUAUGAAACUGCCAAAUAGUCCCAAAGGUUUGAGUUGAAGACCAACAUCAUCAAAAUAAGGCUUUUAAAUUGUCUGUAAAUCAAGAUUUUAUUUAUUUGAUAUAAUUAGCUUAAAAAAUCAUUUUUUGUAAUUUCUGAGACGAAGAAGACAAG